CGAGACGCGGCGGUCGCGGAGAGUGAGCGCGGGGGAGCCGGGCAGGGGCGGAGGCGCUGUGCGCGGCGCAGAGGCGCGGGGAGGGUCCCGUCUCCUCCCUCCGUCUCCUCCCUCCGUCACCGUCGUCAGUCUCCCGUCCCCUCCACCAUCGCCCCCUCGUCCCCUCCACCGGCGUCCUGUCCGCCGAGAGCCCCGGCCGCGCUCCCCGCCGGUGACAGCAGUAGCAGGAUUGAUAGCCCUCGUGGGGAGCGUUGCGCACCGCCCAGGCGCUGGUCCCCUCCGUGGCUGCGGCCCCGCUUCGUCCCGAGCACAGCGCUUCGCGCUCGAACGUCGUCUGCUUUGAGAGGCCGCCCUGGCCCGCGCUGUGGUAAGUGGCGCCCCCGGCACACGCGCGCGUCCCGCAUCCCCCUCACCUACUCUGUUUUUCUCCAAAUCACUCAACCCCGCCUGGAACGUUGUUGGCUUCCUGUACCACGUCCUCCCGCCCCAGCUCGGACGCUCGGCGACGGCUGGGACUUUGGUCUACUUGCGGCAGUGCCUGGGACUUAGCGGAUGCUCAGAAGCAGUUCAGAUGGACUGUAAUGAUCCCCACUUUACAGCUUCUCUCCUGUGGAGCUCGCAGCCGGGCACCCUGGGGGCCAUGCAGAAGGCUGGGGCAAGGGGCCGGAGGGCCUCCGACUGCGGGCCUGCCCCUUAUCGGCCCAGGUGCAUCACCAAGUUUGCCCAGUACGUGGGCUCCUUCCCCGUGGACAACUUGGGCACACAGGAGAGCGUGUGGCUGGUGCAGCAACAGCUGUGGGCACUGAAGGACUGUCCCCGACGCCGGGCCGUCAUCCUGAAAUUCAGCCUUCAGGGUCUGAAGAUCUACAGCGGGGAGCGUGAGAUGCUCCUGAUGGCCCACGCCCUGAGGCGCGUCCUCUACUCCACCUGGUGCCCAGCCUACUGCCAGUUUGCCUUCAUUGCCCGAAACCCACGGAGUCCAGCCAGCAAGCUCUUCUGCCACCUCUUUGUGGGCAGCCAGCCUGGAGAGGUCCAGAUCCUGCACCUGCUACUUUGUCGCUCCUUCCAGCUCGCUUACCUCUUGCAGCACCCUGAGGAGAGGGCACAGCCUGAGCCCUGCCCAGGGCCUGUAGGGGACAUGCCCCCGAAGCCACUGUCCAGUCCUGGGGGCCCCUCUGGCCUGGUGUGGGAGCCCUUCGGCCGUGAUCAGCUCUCUCAGAAUGUCCAUGCACUGGUCUCCUUCCGGCGGCUGCGAGCAGAGGGGCCAAUGGGCAGUGGGAAGGAGUUGCCAGAGUUGGAAGGCCGUGGGAGUGCCCGUGGUGCUCGCCUGGGCAAUCCCUACUGCUCGCCCACACUGGUGCGCAAGAAGGCCAUUCGCAGCAAGGUGAUCCGCUCGGGGGCCUACCGAGGCUGCACCUAUGAGACUCAGCUGCAGCUGUCGGCUCGGGAGGCCUUUCCCGCGGCAUGGGAGGCCUGGCCUUGGGGCCCUGGUGGCUCCUCGUGCCUGGUGGAGAGUGAGGGCAGCCUGACGGAGAACAUCUGGGCCUUUGCUGGCAUCUCCAGGCCCUGUGCUCUCGCCCUGCUGCGGAGAGAUGCGCUCGGGGCCUUCCUGCUGUGGCCCGAGCCGGGCACCAGCGGCCAGUGGUGCCUGUCAGUGCGGACGCCCUGCGGCGUGGUGCCCCACCAGGUGUUCCGGACCCACCUGGGCCGCUACUGCCUGGAGCACCUGCCAGCAGAGUUCCCCAGCCUGGAGGCCCUGGUAGAGAACCAUGCUGGCACCGAGCGCAGCCUCUUCUGCCCCCUCGACAUGGGCCGCUUGAACCCUGCCUACGAGGAGCAAGACCGUGGGCCCGAAGGCAGGCUGCCCCGGACUCUGCGGCCCCUCAGCCAUGCCAAGUCGGAAGCAGAACUGCAAGGCCUGGGCUAGGAGGCCAGGCCCCACACCCACAGGCCUGGUCUUGUCCUGGCUCCUGGGCCUCAGUGGCUGCUCUGCCUUUCAUACACCCUGCUGGUCACCAGUUCCAUCCAGUCACUGCCCUUGGACCAGUCUUCCAUUGCUUCACUGUCUGUGGGAGGGGAGCCCUGAGAUUGGGGAUUGCCAGUGGCUUCUCACAGGACAUGUAGCCCACUGAGAUUCCAGGAGGGGCAGGCAAAGAUUCAGGCUUCCGAUAACUUGCUGGGUGACUUUGGUUGCUUGUCAUUUCCAGGCUUCCACUUCAUUCCCAGGAUGGGAGCUUUCCGAGGUGGUUGGGGAGGUUUGUUCGUGAUGGAGGUGCAGCCCUCUCCUAAGGAGGCCAGGCCUUGGGGCCCUAGCUGGGAGUCUCCAGAGAGCUCCUGACAGAGGAAACCAGUUUGGGGAGGCAGGAGUGAGUGCUCACUUUGGGCCAAGAUGGGGGGUGCGCCCCCCUCUCUGUGAUAAAGCAGAGGUGACUGGCGCUUGUCGGCGGGGAGACUGGGCCCAGCUACACCCAGGUUGACUGACAGGAUGUGGCCUGUUUCUCAUGCAUCUGAGGUGAAGGAGUCUUCCCUUGAGUUCUGGGGAGUGGGAGCUUAGGAAGGUACAGAAAGGGCAGAUGGACUAAGAGUCGUGCCACCCAAAGCCCACGUAUGGGUGGAUACCAGUGUGCAGGAAGGGACGUGGACCCAGCAGGUGGGGCAAAGAAUCCCAGUGUAUUGCCUGGGAAGGCUGGUUAGUCUCCGCCUAAAACCACAGGGUUGUGAUCCCUGCUUUCUCAGAAGGGAUGCCCCGUCUCAUCCUGUCCCCCACGCCCCAGUGCUCAUUUCUUUUAGCCAUUUUACUGGGAGGGGCCAGGAGUGAACCACAGGCUUAGAGAGAUGACCAGAGCCCUGCCCAACUCAUCCUGCAGACCGCAGUCAGUUUGGUGGCCGUUUGGGGAAGCUGCCUGAUGCUGGCAUGUCUCUUAACUUGGCACUGACCAUGGUCGUCAGGGGCUACCACAUCUUGCCAAGCCAGCCCUGUUGGGGAUGGAGUCAGAGCACAGCCAUGCAAGGUAGAACUCGUGGGGGCCCUGCCAGUGGGAGCUUGGCCUCAGUGGGCAGUGGGAGAUCCAGAGAAACGAUUCUAGUCUAAAACAAUGGCCCUACUGACAAACCCAGGUAUCCCCUUUGUAAGUAAACUUGAUGGACAAAUAUGCAUCUACCGAAUUGAGUUAUGGAACAAGUUCAUUUUGGAUGAAUUAAUGUUUUUGAGGCAGGGACCUAGUUGUGAGUCUGGGGCUGCCCUCUCCUCCAUCUGAGAGUGGGAUGCAACUGUUCAGUGCCUUGAAAGUAACAGAUUUCUGACUCCUGGAAAGAAGAGGGCAGCCUCAACAAUAGGAAGAAGGGAGGCACAGCUGGAGAUUGACAAGGCAGCCUACCCCAGGCUCAGGCCUGCUGUUCCCAGCUUCCAGCCCCCAACUCAGCACGUGAUCUGGCCUAACGAUCUUGUCACUUUCUUGCAAGUGAGAUGUCCAAUUGUAAGGGAUAGCGAGAAGCUGUCCUUUGGGGGCUCUUUUCACUGCAAACACAACACUGAUUUUACACUGAACGUGAAUGGGAAGCUGGGGUCCAUUUUACAGCCAUCGCUGGAAUCAUCCCCUUCCUGGACAAAGCCCUGGUCUCUGGUGGGAGGCCCCAGCCUCACGUUCCCCUGGCAAGGAGAGGGAUUAGUGCUAUCCUGUGACUAGGAUUACAGAGACAUGCAUUUCAGGAGACCGGGUAAUUGGCCCAGGCUUGGACCAAGGCUCACCUCUACAAGGGAUGGGUUUUGUUGUGUGAAUUGUCUGCAUGAAUAAGGUAUCAGGGGAAUGUCCUGCACACUGGAGGGACCAGCCUUCCCCAGCCACUCUAACGUUCCUCCAAACAGCUCUGUUGAUCAUGUGUUAUGAAUGGGGCAAGGUUUUUGGCCUGUGUAUGCAGACUCCUUAAUGUCUUAUAGACCACAGUUUUCUCUUUGUUCCAACCAGCACCACCUGGGUAGCCCAGCUCUCCUUUCUGUGUGGACUUGAAACAAAUAAAAUGCAUUUCUUCAGA